AUUGUAUUGGAUCAUCAGGCGGUUAUGAAGAAAUAUGAAGAUUUUUUAACUUUAUUUGGAAAAAUAAUGUUGUUACAAAUUUUUUUUUCGUCAUUUUCUCUCAUCACAGUAUGGUUUAUAUUCAUAAUGAGUUUUGACAAUAAUGAUAGAUUUGUGGCUUCGGAUAUUAUAUUAAAAAAAAUGAUGUGCUCAAUUCCAGCAUUGAUGUUUCAAAUAUUUAUGGUGUGUUAUUUAUUUGACAAAUUACACAAGCAAAAAGAUUCAGUAAUAUUCGCACUAUACAGCAGUAAUUGGACCGAAAUGAACAUGAAGUGUAAAAAAUUGAUAUUAUUAACGAUGCAGAUGAAUAAUGCUAACUAUAAAAAGUUAAGAUUUACUAGAACAAAAGUUGUAAACUUAGAAAUGUUUUUUAAAACAGUGAGUGAUUGCUACACAAUUUUAUCAGUUUUGGUAAAUUAUAUGAAAAGCAAAUACAAUUGA